CUAGAGUUCCUGUGCUUUAUUAGAAUGAAAAAGCCUGGGCUAUAGUUUUUGCCCGCAAGGGCUUCUGGUUGAUAAGCCCGCGGUGAAUGCUGGGUCCUUCCUCUUUUCAUCGUGCUCGAACAAAAUGGGAAAGCCUCGUGGACUUCGUACAGCCCGUAAGCUUCGAUCACAUCGUCGCGACCAGAAAUGGCACGACAAGACCUACAAGAAAGCACAUUUGGGUACCGCUCUGAAGGCUAACCCCUUUGGAGGUGCUUCUCAUGCUAAAGGAAUUGUUCUUGAGAAAGUUGGUGUGGAAGCAAAACAGCCCAACUCUGCCAUCAGAAAAUGUGUGAGAGUACAGCUCAUCAARAACGGCAAAAAAAUUACUGCCUUUGUUCCCAACGAUGGUUGUCUGAAUUACAUUGAAGAGAAUGAUGAAGUUUUAAUCUCUGGAUUUGGCCGUAGAGGACACGCUGUUGGUGAUAUCCCUGGUGUUCGAUUUAAAGUAGUAAAGGUUGCCAAUGUAUCAUUACUUGCAUUGUUCAAGGAAAAGAAGGAAAGACCUCGCUCAUAAGUAAUGUACUUGGUGAUCAAAUAAAAAAUAAAAUCUGUUUUGAAACUUAAA